AUCAUAUCUAUUUUUGUAAAUUAUUUUUAUUUAUUUUGUGUUUCUUUUCUGAAAAACCCCACAGUGACCGUCGACCGAUAUUUAUACAUACACCUAAAUAACACGUUUACAAGUUUUUAGUACGUUUAGACAUGGAGGAUAUAUUCCAGUGGUGUAGGGAAGGAAAUGCCUUGCAGGUGCGAGUGUGGCUUGACGAUACUGAACAUGAUAUGAACCAGGGAGAUGACCAUGGGUUCAGUCCGCUACACUGGGCCUGCAAGGAGGGUCACAUCAAGAUUGUAGAGAUGCUGAUCAGGAGAGGGGCUAGGAUUAAUGUGACGAACCUGGGAGAUGACACACCAUUACAUCUGGCUGCUGCUCAUGGUCAUAGACCUAUUGUCCAAUUGCUGCUACAGAACAGAGUAGAUGUGAACUUCACCAAUGAGCAUGGUAACUCACCGCUGCACUACGCCUGCUUCUGGGGCUACAACGCUAUAGCUGAGGACCUGUUGCUGGCGGGUGCACUGGUGUCGCUGGCCAACAAGGACGGUGACACACCCCUUGAUAAGACCAAGGGGCAGUUGGUGCAAAGACUUCACGAGCUAGCAGUAAACCAAGGGCAGGACCUCAAGAAGAUUCAGUUCAAGGAUCAGUCGUGGCUGGGGCUGAAGACGAGGAGCCGGGACGCGACACUCUCCCGACACAAGGGGAUCAACAUCAAUGAACUGGCUUUACACACACGUAUUGCUACCACGCCAUCAGGUGAGACCUGGCGCGGCCGUUGGCAGAAGAACGAUAUCGUUGCCAAAAUUAUCGCCGUGCGCGAAUGUACACCGAGGAUUCAGAGAGAUUUUAACGAGGAGUUCCCCAAACUGAGAAUCUUCUCACACCCGAAUAUAUUGCCAGUGGUGGGCUGCUGCGUAUCCCCUCCAUCCCUGGUGGUGAUAUCACAAUACAUGUCGUGGGGCUCUCUGUACUCCCUGCUACAUGGUGGUGGUCAGCUGGUCGUGGACGCUGGCGCGGCGCUCCGCCUGGCGAGAGACGUUGCUGCCGGUAUGGCUUACCUACAUUCGUUGAGGGAUAGGGCUCUGCCGAUGUAUAGUUUGACGAGCAAACAUGUUAUGAUCGACGAAGACCUAACGGCUCGCAUCAACAUGGCGGACGCCAAGUUCUCGUUCGAGCGCGGCCGCCACUACUCGCCCGCGUGGUCCGCGCCCGAAGCCCUAACUAAGCCGCCGGCUAAACGUAACGGCGAGGCCGCUGACAUGUGGAGCUUUGCUGUGCUGUUGUGGGAACUCGCUACUAGAGAGGUGCCAUUCGCUGAUCUCUCCCCAAUGGAGUGCGGUAUGAAGAUAGCUCUAGAGGGCUACCGCGUGACGAUACCCCCCGGCAUAUCCCCGCACAUCUCCAAGCUCAUCAAGAUCUGCAUGAACGAGGAUCCCGGGAAACGACCGACCUUCGAAAUGAUCAUACCCAUAUUGGACAAGAUGAAGAAAUGAUAGGUGAAAAUAUGAUGAGUUGAAUGGUACACUAGACUUAACCAAAAUUUCUGAGAUUUUUGACAAAAGUUUAUCUUUUUAAUAGCGUUAUUGAUUGGCUAACGUUUUUAAUUGCGCUAGCGAAUAGUUAAACAGGCAGAAAACAAGAGAAACCAGGCUUUAAUCUGCUCUAAACAGUUUUUUAUCACAUAUAUUCUAUUUCUCUUUACAAUAAUUAGGAUAUAUAACUUGACACACCAUGUUAAC